UCAAGAUCCAUCUCAUCAGGUCGUGUUCAAUCUACAAGUUCCUCAGACUGUUUGACUGUCUGAUCGAGCUCUCUUCUCUCUUCCGCGAUUUUUCUCUUCCAAGAUAGGGAGAGAUGGGGGCUGUUAGUGAAGGAAAGCUUAAAUUUUGUAUUGAUAGAGGGGGUACAUUCACUGAUGUUUAUGCCGAAAUUCCGGGACAUCCUGACGGUCGUGUCUUGAAGCUCUUAUCCGUCGAUCCGGCUAACUAUGAGGACGCUCCUGUCGAGGGAAUUCGGAGAAUACUUGAAGAGUAUACGGGCGAGAAAAUCCCGAGAACAUCCAAGAUUCCAACCGAUAAGAUUCAGUGGAUAAGGAUGGGUACAACGGUGGCGACGAAUGCAUUGUUGGAGAGGAAGGGGGAGAGAAUCGCAUUAUGUGUUACCAAAGGCUUUAAGGAUCUGUUGCAGAUUGGUAAUCAAGCUCGGCCCGAUAUUUUCGACCUUACCGUGACCAAACCCUCGAAUCUUUACGAAGAGGUUAUCGAGGUUGAUGAAAGGAUCGAGCUUGUGCUCGAGGAGGAGGAAGAAAGUGAUGUCAGUUCUCCAUCACUGUUCAAGGGAGUGUCUGGUGAGCUCGUUAGGGUUGCGAAGCCGCUCGAUGAAAAAGCUCUCAAGCUGUUGCUGAAGGGUCUGCUCGAGAAAGGGGUCAGUUGUUUGGCCGUUGUUCUGAUGCACUCUUAUACUUAUCCCAAGCAUGAGAUGGCGGUGGAGAAGUUGGCAUUGGAGUUAGGUUUCAGACAUGUAUCCUUGUCUUCCGCACUGACGCCAAUGGUCCGGGCUGUUCCUCGGGGAUUAACCGCUACUGUGGAUGCCUACUUGACGCCUGUGAUCAAGGAGUAUUUGACGGGUUUCAUUUCGAAAUUCGAUGAAGGUCUUGGAAAAGUGAAUGUUCUAUUCAUGCAAUCCGAUGGAGGCCUAGCGCCGGAAAGUAGGUUCUCGGGUCACAAGGCGGUUUUGUCUGGUCCCGCAGGUGGGGUUGUCGGUUACUCACAGACCCUUUUCGGUCUCGAAACCGAUAAACCGCUGAUUGGAUUUGACAUGGGUGGCACUUCAACUGAUGUCAGUCGAUACGCCGGAAGUUACGAGCAAGUCAUAGAAACCCAGAUUGCCGGAGCCAUCAUACAAGCACCGCAGCUUGACAUAAACACAGUUGCUGCGGGUGGUGGUUCGAAGCUAAAGUUUCAGUUCGGAUCUUUCAGAGUGGGUCCUGAAUCGGUGGGAGCUCACCCGGGUCCAGUUUGUUACCGGAAAGGUGGGGAAUUGGCAGUAACUGAUGCAAAUCUCGUGUUGGGAUUCGUCAUUCCCGAUUAUUUUCCUUCUAUCUUCGGCCCCAAUGAAGACCAGCCUUUAGAUAUCGCGGAAACGAGAAAAGAGUUUGAAAAGCUUGCUGGACAGGUAAACGCAUACAGGAAGAGCCAAGAUCCAUCCGCCAAGGACAUGACCGUUGAGGAAAUAGCAAUGGGUUUCGUGAAUGUCGCGAACGAGACGAUGUGCCGCCCCAUACGGCAAUUAACAGAGAUGAAGGGUCACGAAACGAAGAAUCACGCCCUUGCUUGCUUCGGAGGUGCAGGACCUCAGCACGCUUGUGCCAUAGCGAGGUCUUUGGGUAUGAAAGAAGUUCUCAUCCACCGAUUCUGCGGGAUCUUGAGCGCUUACGGAAUGGGUUUAGCAGACGUCGUCGAAGAAGCUCAAGAGCCGUAUUCUGCUGUUUAUGGACCCGAAUCACUUUCGGAGGUCUCCAGAAGGGAAGCUAUACUACUGAGAGAAGUGAGAGAGAAGCUCAUGGAACAGGGAUUCAGCGACGGAAAUAUCUCAACCGAGACGUAUUUGAACUUACGGUACGAUGGCACGGAUACAGCAAUCAUGGUAAAGGGUCAGAAAACCAAAGAAUCUGCAUUUGAUUAUGCUGCGGAAUUUCUCAAGCUUUUCCAGCAAGAGUAUGGAUUCAAGCUUCAGAACAGAAACAUCCUCGUAUGCGAUGUUCGGGUCCGCGGAAUCGGGGUGACUAACAUAUUGAAACCACGGGCCGUCGAAGCUGCCCCUGGCGCUCCUAAAAUUGAAGGGCACUACAAAGUCUACUUUGAAGGCGGAUGGCGAGAAACACCGUUAUUCAAGUUAGAGAAUUUAGGCUUUGGGCACGAGAUUCCCGGCCCUGCAAUCGUCAUGAAUGGGAACAGUACAGUUAUAGUAGAGCCUCGAUGCAAAGCCAUCGUUACAAAGUAUGGGAAUAUCAAGAUCGAGCUCGAAUCUGUAACGAGCAACGUCAAACUCAUGGAGAAUGUCGCGGAUGUUGUUCAGCUGUCGAUAUUUAAUCACAGGUUCAUGGGAAUAGCCGAGCAAAUGGGAAGAACCCUUCAAAGGACCUCUAUAUCGACGAACAUCAAGGAAAGAUUGGAUUUUUCUUGUGCCCUUUUCAGCCCGGAUGGUGGGUUAGUCGCUAAUGCUCCUCAUGUUCCGGUUCAUCUAGGAGCAAUGUCUAGUACCGUACGUUGGCAACUCAAACACUGGGGAGUGAAUCUGAACGAAGGAGACGUUCUGGUGACCAAUCAUCCUUGUGCUGGUGGCAGCCAUUUACCCGAUAUAACCGUGGUCACGCCUGUCUUUGACGACGGUAAACUCGUGUUCUUCGUUGCUAGCAGAGGCCACCAUGCGGAAAUCGGGGGCAUUACCCCGGGAAGCAUGCCGCCUUUCUCAAAGGCGAUAUGGGAAGAAGGUGCUGCUAUAAAGGCGUUUAAGCUCGUCGAGAAAGGGGUUUUCCAAGAAGAAGGAAUCGUUAAACUUCUGCAGUUCCCUUGUUCCGAUGAAACAAAUUACAAAAUUCCCGGAACCCGAAGGCUUCAGGACAAUCUCUCGGAUCUCCGGGCUCAGGUUGCAGCUAACCAGAGAGGAAUUGCACUGAUCAAGGAACUGAUUGAGCAGUAUGGCCUGGAAACUGUUCAGGCUUACAUGAAAUACGUACAGCUUAACGCCGAAGAAGCCGUGAGAGAGAUGCUCAAGUCUGUUGCCGUGAGAGUCUCCUCUCAAUCCCCGAAAUCCAGAGUUGGAAAUUCUGUGAUCGUGGAAGAAGAGGAUUACAUGGACGACGGAUCCGUAAUUCACUUGAAACUUACCAUCGAUGGUGAAAAGGGAGAGGCUUUCUUCGAUUUUACUGGGACAAGUUCUGAGGUAUACGGUAACUGGAAUGCCCCCGAAGCAGUUACUGCUGCGGCGGUAAUAUACUGUCUUCGUUGUCUGGUUAACGUUGAUAUUCCUCUAAACCAAGGGUGCUUAGCUCCGGUUAAGAUCCACAUUCCCACUGGUUCAUUCCUCUCCCCGAGCGAGAAAGCUGCUGUCGUCGGAGGUAACGUUCUGACAUCACAAAGAGUUACUGAUGUUGUCUUAACAGCAUUCCAGGCUUGCGCUUGCUCACAGGGCUGCAUGAACAACCUCACGUUCGGAGACGACACUUUCGGGUAUUACGAGACGAUUGGAGGAGGAAGCGGUGCGGGACCGACCUGGGACGGGACGAGCGGCGUCCAAUGCCAUAUGACAAAUACCCGGAUGACUGAUCCCGAGAUCUUCGAGCAGAGAUACCCGGUUCUUCUGCAUAGGUUUGGGUUAAGAGAGAACAGCGGAGGCAAUGGCUUGCACAGAGGAGGGGACGGACUUGUGAGGGAGAUCGGGUUUAGGAAGCCGGUGGUUGUGAGCAUUCUCUCCGAGAGAAGGGUUCACGCCCCGAGAGGAUUGAACGGUGGUGAGAACGGAGCUCGAGGAGCUAAUUAUCUCGUCACUAAAGAUAAACGCAGGGUCUACCUCGGAGGCAAGAACACGGUACAUGUCCAAGAAGGCGAAAUUCUGCAGAUUUUGACACCUGGUGGGGGCGGAUUUAGCUCGCCCUCGUCGUGACUCUCCGCGUCUUUCAUAUCGCCUCAAUUCUCAGGAGCUGCCAUUGCAGGUGAAGCUUAGGUGCCAUGGGGAGGAGUAAUAAGGAUUGGAUGGCGAUUCAGAAUGAAUGGAAGGAACAUUGGCAACUGGAAACAAGUAAAUAAGAGAUGAGCAUCAAUGGUGUGACUGUGUAGCAUCUCCAGUUUCAGACAUGAAUUUG